UAUCACAGAUUCUUAUUGAUGUACACUUUAUUACUCUGAAACUAGGUUUAUUCUCAGUAGUUUCUCCUAUCCUAAUUUGCCAUAAUUGGGUCUCAAGUCUUACAGGCUUGUCUUCAUGAGAUAAUAAUGGACAAGAAAUCUCAUGAGAGAUCUUUCAAGUCACUUUUACCGUUUGAGAUUUAUGAAUAAGUCUUGAUAUUUAUUUUCUGUGUUUACGUGAAGCUUCCAAGAAUUAUUAAUAUCUACUAGAUGCUGUAUCCUCAGUAUCUGGCUUAGCAUACUCAGGAGAUAAUUGUAUAUAGUGUAGAAGAGCGUCUGAUAAUAUAAUAAACACUUUCAGAGAGAGGAUAGAUGAAGAAAAUAUCAGGGUCAAAUAGCCACCUCAUCGCUGCGUACCAGAAAGAGUAUAACGACCUGUAAGCCUGUUGCUAAAAAUAGCUGGAAGAGGAUAAUUCAAGACUUUGAAGACCGCGAGAACAAAAUAUAGACUUCCUUGUACACAAAGUUGAACAAAAGGAACGAGAAAUUAUGUCUAACAAGCGAGUUCAGGACCUGACCAAGAACCUCUCAGCUGCAAAUAAAGAUGCUAUCAGGCUAAAGAACUCUGAUGAUGCGAAUAAGAAAAGGAUCCAGAAACUGAACCUCAGUAAGAAUUUCUUAAGAGAUGAUAUGAACUAUUACAAAUAAACAAGUGAAGCAGAACCUAAUGGAACAAAAAGUAGUCCAGAACAAAUUCAAUGAAAUAAAUGCUGAAAAUAAGACUCUAAAGGAACAAGUGAGUAAACUACAAACAGUAUUGGAGCAAGCCCAAGAGAGGAUAAGAGAGAUGUAAGCGGACGGGUGAUGGAUUUAUAAAGAAAAAGAACCUUCAUGUGACUGUAAUGAGUUAUUAGAGUAUUUGAAAAGAGAUUUUAAACAAGGGAAUACGGAGGAGAGUGGGAGAAAUAGUGGGAAAACACAAGCAUGAGUUAAGAGCAAAUUUGCCAAGAUAUAUAAGCAGCUCCAUGACCAGAUUAAGAGCCUAAAGAAGGAGCUUCUUAAAUUAAAAAUCGCUAAAAUUGAUAGCGUAAAUAAUCAUGAAACAGCUACUGAUUUGCAGAGCAUAGUCUCUAUGCCAGAGAACUGUGUCCUAAGUAUCCCAGAACGAGUCAUAAGACCUAGCCAAUCCCCCAGAACUGCAAGGCCAUCAGAAAGGAAAAAGAUUAAGAUAGGUGAAGCUCACCUAAAAGACCCAAUACAUCAUAUGAAUAAAUGCAAAGAAAGAUCUAUUAAGGGUACAAAGACCCCUCGACUUGGAAAUUUCUUCAAAGCCUACCAGAAGCACCAUCUGCAAUCCUAUUCUCCAGUAUUUUCAGAGCGGCUCAACAGGAUGAGAUUUUCAGAAGACGCUUCCAAAUUUACUAACGCUCAAAUAAAAGAACUAUCACGCCAAAAAGAGCUCCAGAGCUGAUUCUCACAUAACGAGUUAGAGAAUUUUCAGAAAAUAAUGGCUGAUCCAUUUGACUGAGUCGAAGCCACUAUAGAUAUCAACCCCAGAGCUAGCUUAGCCUUCAAGACAAGUAGAGCUCCUUUGUCCCCAUCUGUCAAGCUCAGGAAGGGCAAAAAACACGUAUUCAGGAUCAAACAGGCCUCCCCAAUCCCCAAAACGGAUACCUAAAUAAUCUCUCCAAAAACCCCUCCAAACAGCUCUAAUCUCUCUCACUCCUAAAAUUCUCCCCACUCUCCAGUCAAACCCUCCCUAUAAAGACCUCUCUCCAGCCCCAAAAAUGCACUCAAAAACCCCAUUUCUCCCAUAAAAUCCUUCCCAAAUUCCCAAAUUUUCAGACUAUUUUCCCAGUAGGAAUCUGACUAUAGCCUCUCUUUAUUCCUAAGUCCUCUAAAUUUCAGCUAUUUUUAAAGCCUCAAGGCUGCCUCUAUAAUUUAGUGGCCCACCUAAACUUGUUACUGAUAUAAUACUUAUUCCUCAGUUCUAAAUUGAAGAUUUCAGCUACGAAGAAAUUUUAUAAGGAUGUCUUUUGACAACCUAUAAGUCCCAGAGCUUCAAGCAAGCUUGAAGCUCUGAG